AUGAGGCCUCCUAAACUUGUUCAGGGGAGAUUGAAAUCAUUCACCCUGCACACCACACAGGAGGAUUUCAACAUUGAUAUAAGUGACAUCAUUGGUGUAUCUCAGACACUACGACCUCAACCAGUUCAUCAGCAGCCACCACAUUGUCUAGGACCAUCGGCACGCCCUCGUUCAGAGGAGGACGACGAUGAUGACGACUUCAUGCAACCCCCAACUAGGCACCCGCCUAAACAGCAAAAGGUUACCAAAUAUUUUCAAGCACCCACUGUUCGAUGUGCACCUACAAUUUUCAACUCAUUUAUUGAUCUCCUCACCAUGAGCCAGCGUACCAGAAUCAAUAAUAUGAAUUUUGGUGGCCUCCUCCAGAUCCGAACAGACAAGCUAGUUAGCAGAGAAAUGUUGAAGUAUUUAUAUGACAGGCUAGACCCUGAUACUAUGGUAUUGGUUCUUGGUAAAGAUAGGGUUAUACAUAUCACCCCUUUUGCUGUUAAGCAAGCGUUUGGCAUUCCAGACAGUGGCGAAGAAUUAUAUCUACACACAAACCAGGAAGCAUGCAAGGCCCUGUCUGCUUUCAAGGAUUUUAUUGGUUUACAAGAUGAUGAUGAUGUGCACACCAAGUAUCUGCAAGAGAUCUGGGAGGCCGACAUUGAGUUAGACUCUAGGAUGCUUGACGACGACAUGUGCAUUAAAAUUUUCUUCAUGAUCGCUUCUAACAAGCUGUUGUUUCCUUCCUCGGACAACAACAUCAGGGCGAAAGAUGUUUAUUUGGCUAGGGAUUUGUCUCGACUACCCACUAUGAACUGGUGCAAGGCUGUUACUGAUGAAAUCCGAGAUGCUGCACGCACGUGGCGACUUGAUAGAACAACAAAAGUUUCGCCUUCAAUUACAGGAUGCGCGAUUUUUCUGUUGAUAGUUUAUUUGGAUAACUUACGCUGCAACCACCAGAUCAAUCACAAGGAUAUUCCCCGUGCCAAGUACUUUAAUCAAGAUUUGAUUAAACAAAUAAUUGCUGCUGACAAGACAAAGGACGACCAAGGAAAGGUCACAUUUGGACGAUUACCGCUUAGGGACAUCAAUGAUACGGUUUACUACAUGCCUCAUCAUUCUAUUCCAGAAAAGCCAGCAAACAUACAACCUGUGACUAAUAUACAGUUCCCUAGCAUUCUUUCAGAACUAGGUGGAGUAGUAAAUGUGACGGUUGCUAAGCCAAAGAGGAAGCUGUUAGUGCAAGCUUUGGCAGAAUUUGAUAUCAAAUCGAAAAAGGCAACAACUUUUUUAAACAGGGGACAACUAAUGCUACAAGCUUCACAUGAACAGCUCGUUGCAAAGGUGCGGUCAAUUUUGGAGAACCAGAGUUGUGAGAAUAACAGCAUAGAUCACCAGGCUCAACCAACCGCUCCUAGUGCAGCCGAUGCCAACGAUCUUGACAUGCAUGAUAUCCAUAACGGAGAUAGCGUACAGUCUGAACAUGUAACCGAGGUGCCAAAUCAGUCUGAAGGAUAUGUCACUAACCAACACAUACACCAGGAGGCACAUGUGCCACUGCAACAGAACAGUCCCACGAAGGCAGCGGCACCACAGCCCACUGAUGCCACAGCGAAUGCCGAGUCAGAACAGGAAUUGGAUCAUGAACACUCACCGGUUCACACGGAUGUGACAAUUGGUGAUGUUGUUCCUCCAAUUCUGGAUCAGGCGACGGACCAAGGAGGCACUGGACAAGCAGCACAGAUUGGCAGCCCCAACGUCAAUGUUCAUGGAGGAACCUCAUCCCUGGAUUCUCUAGUUGACCUCAUUAGUGCAUCUGUUAUACCUACUGCCCACCCACAAACUACAACAACUGACACGUUGACAUCAGAGGCUGCUGUGCUUACUCAGACCCAACAUCAACUUCCUGAUGACAUUCUAAGACUUGAUCACACCAUUGUCGAUGAACCCCACCUACCUGCUGCCCACCCACAAACUACAACAACCGACACGGUGACAUCAGAGCCUGCUGUGCUUACACAGACCCAACAUCAGCUUCCUAAUGAGGUUCUACGACCUGAUAGCACCAUUGAUGAUGAGCCCCUCCUACCUGCUGCUGUUUAUCCAAAACCACAACGCCUUACAAGACGCCCAUCCAAGUAUGUGUCGCCAUUUAAAGGCGAUCCAAUGCGAACACGAGUACCAAUGUCAAAGGCACUAGCUGUGAGGAAGAAGUUUCUCCCUAGUCUCAAGAGUUUAAAUGAGGUUUUCAUUAGCACAGGGUUCAUAGAAUUCACUGGCAAUGAAAUAUUAGAUUCCUUCCCUGAUGAUCAGGAGCUUUCGAGCAAAUUUAUGUCCUACCUUGUUCAAUGCUUGAGCCAUGACGAAUCAGUCCGCAUGCCUGAUGGUGGUGGCUACAGGGUGUUCCUAUCCCACCGGAUUGGGGAAUACGUCAAUAUGGAGGAUGAGGAGGAAUUCGAAGAGUGGGAGUUUCAUAAUGCCCUUGAAAUUCUAGAGAGUGACAUUGCUGCUGUUGACACAACUAAUGUUAAGCUAUUCUUUUUGCCGAUUAUGGAGGAGGACCACUAUACUGUUUACUGCAUCAACCUUAUACAUGACCGAAUAGAUAUACUCGAUUCUAGUCCUGAUGACCACAGGCUUUACCAUGAAGUUGUGGGAAACAGAAUUAUUCCAAGGCUCAAUCUUCUGUUCCAGGAGGCCACAGAUGGUAAGUUUAAGUCGUUUACUCGAUUCAGGCGACCCAUCCUACCUGUCCCGCUGCAGCGCAAUGCCACCGACAGUGGAUUCUUUGCCAUCAAAUUCAUGGAGUUAUGGAAUGGUGAAUCUUUCCAUCUUCCAAUCCUCACGGAAAAUGCGGCAAUGUAUAGAGAUCAGCUUCUCUACUACGCCAUCUAUCACCAAAUCAACACUAUUGACAAGCUUCCUGCUGGACUAGAAGCACUCAAGCCACGUCGAUGA